AUGAGCAGUGAAGAAUCCGAGACAACUAACCACAAUCAGAACAUGAUUACUGAGUCCAACUCGAUAAUGGAACCUGAUCCUCCGGACAUUCAGACGAUGGAGAAGGCUGAUAAGGAGAAUAUUAUGCCACAUGUUCAUGGGAUAGGUGGGCCUAUAGAGGAUAUGGUCAUGGAAUACUCAGACCUCACUGAAGUUGAGUACAGAAUCAAAAUUUGUAUUUGGAACGCUCAAGGAGCUGGUUCUAAGAAUUUUCUUAGAGUUUUUAAGAACUUCUGUACUCAGUAUAGGUUCGAUGUUGUUAGCAUCGUGGAGCCUCGGAUUAGUGGUGAAAAAGUAGACAACUUCAUCAAAAACAGUGGGUUUGAUUAUUCGCAUAGAAUUGAAGCUACUGGGUUUUCGGGCGGUAUUUGGGUUCUUUGGAAAGACAACGUUAAACUUACGGUUAUGGAAAAUAACAAACACUUUAUGCACUUAAAAGUGAUUGUUGGUAGAGAGGCCUUUCUAGUCACUAUUGUCUAUGCUAAUCCAAACGCUAGCUUGAGAAAAGGUUUUUGGGAGGAUAUUAGUGCUUUAGCAAAUGUAACGGAUAUGCCUUGGCUCAUUGGAGGUGAUUUUAAUGCUGCUUUGAAUGAUAAUGAGAGAAGGGGGGGGGGGCAAGUGGCAGGUUUGGCCAUUGUCCUCUUUUUCGCAAAUGGAAUCUGCUCUGAUCAUAACCCGAUUUUCCUGCAAUUUGGCCAUCAUUUCAAUGGAAAUUCGAGUAGGAAACCGUUUCGUUUUCUGGCGGCGUGGUUAGGGGAUAAGAGUUUCGGCAAUCUGAUUAGAGAUAACUGGAAUCCUUCGGGGUCCAUGAUGGAGUCUAUCAAUAACAUCACAGAGCAUAUGAGAAAUUGGAAUUAUUCGAGAGCGAAAGAGAAUUACACUAACCAGAGACUUAAUAUUUUGGAGGAGAAACUUAGCAAAGAUCUAGAGGAUACUCUUUACCAAGAAGAGCUUCUCUGGAUUCAGAAGUCUCGCUGCGAUUGGGUUGUUGAUGGGGAUCGCAAUACGGCUUAUUUUCAUAGGCGUACUUCGACACGGAGAAGGAAGAACAAAAUUUGGGCUCUAAAGAAUGAGCAUGGGCAAUUAGUGGAUAACCCAGAUACACUCAAAGAGAUGGCUACUGAGUACUAUUCUAAACUCUUCACUAAGGAGGUUGAUGCUUACACCUCACUGCCUUGUCAAGGCCUCUUUCCUGUAUUGGAAAAUCGAUUAUCUGACCAGUUGGCGUGUGCGGUCUCUGAUGAUGAUAUUAAGAAGGCUGUUUGGCAUAUGCAUCCGUUGAAAGCCCCGGGGGUGGAUGGCCUUCAUGCCCUUUUUUACCAAAGCCAAUGGCCUACGAUAGGCGAUAAAGUUUGUAGCUUCAUCCAUGGUAUUUUUAAUGGUAAGCCUUUUCCUCCUGAGAUCAACAAAACUCUCAUAACGCUCAUUCCCAAAUGUGAUAACCCUGACUAUUUGAAAGAUUAUAGGCCGAUUAGCCUUUGUAAUGUGCUUUAUAAGGUUAUUACAAAGAUUAUUGCAAAUCGGCUCAAGAAGAUUAUGCCUCACAUUAUUGGCCCGACCCAAACUAGUUUUGUGGAGGGGCGCCAUAUAACGGAUAAUAUUAUCUUAGCGCAAGAAGCUUUACACACGAUGCGGAAGAAGAAAGGUAGAAAGGGGUAUAUGGUGAUAAAGCUUGAUUUAGAAAAGGCUUACGAUCGGGUCUCUUGGGAUUUUCUUCAUGAUACUUUGAGAGACAUUGGCAUCCCUAGCUAUCUGUCAUCAGUUAUUAUGAGCUGUGUUUCUUCUACUUCUAUGAGUAUCUUGUGGAAUGGGUGUAAUUUAGAAGCUUUCAGUCCUUCGUGUGGCAUUCGUCAAGGAGAUCCGAUAUCCCCUUACCUCUUCGUUCUUUGUAUUGAGAGACUUGCCCAAAUGAUCAACAUGGAGUGUCACAACAAGAAGUGGAAACCUCUUACUAUGGGUCGGGACUGCCCGGGGCUAUCCCACCUCUUCUUCGCUGAUGACUUACUUCUUUUUGGAGAGGCAUCAAUGGGGCAGGUUGAGAUUAUCACCAGGUUGUUGGAGAUUUUUUGCACGUCAUAUGGGCAGAGAAUUAAUAAAGAGAAGUCCAAAGUUUUAUUCUCCCCCAACGUCCCUCAUGCUAGUAAAAUUCUUUGGGCUAAUAAACUGGGUUUUUCUAACACUGAUGAUUUGGAAAGCUACCUGGGCGUUCCUCUCUUGCAUGGGAGAUAUACAAAGAAACAUGCAGCUGGUGUUAUGAACAGAAUUAGAACGCGGUUAUCUAAUUGGAAUGCUAAAUCUUUGUUGUUAGCAGGCAGGUCUUCACUAAUUAACUCAGUUCUCUCUGCAGUGCCCAUAUACACUAUGCAAACUACAGCCUUAACUAAAAACUCGUGCAAUGAGAUUGAGAGUAAAUGUAGACAAUUCCUGUGGGGAUCUUCCACUGAGUCAAGGAAAAUCAACUUGAUCAAGUGGGAUGUUGUCAGAAAAUCGAGAGUUAGAGGGGGUUUGGGUCACAAAAAUAUGAGCUUAAUGAAUGAAGCCUUACUGAUGAAGAUUGGGUGGAAGAUUUUGGCUAAUCAUGAUGUGUUUUGGGUUAAAAUUCUGAGAUCAAAAUACAAGAUUUUAGAUAAUUGGGUGCCUUCCCUGCCGAAUAUUGUUGGCUCGUCUCAUUUAUGGCAAGCGUUGGGAAAGCUUUGGGGUAAGCUUCAAGCAGGGGUGAGGUGGGCUCUAUGUGAUGGGACUACUAUCCGUUUCUGGCUUGAUCCUUGGCUAGGUGAGAACAUUUCGUUAAUCCAGGUUGCUAUUGCUCAGGUCCCUCUUUCUGAUUUACAUCAAACAGUUGAUAGUUUUGUGAAGAGUCAUGGUGGGUGGUGGUGGUCGAAGUUUGAGAAUUUACUUCCAAACAACUGGCUUUUGACUAUAGUUAAUAUUAUUCCUCCAGAUCAUAGUAAUGGAAAGGAUUUUAUGUUUUGGGGCUUCUCUAAUUCUGGGCAGUUUUCAACGAAGUCAGCUUAUGAAUUCUUGGAUAGUGAUAUUGGGCCUGGGGAGGACCGGAGAUGGAGCUUUGUUUGGAAUUGGCCUGGGCCAGAAAGAGUCCGUUUCUUUUUGUGGUUAGUAGCCCAUGAUAGGCUUUUAACAAAUCACGAGAGGCGGCGGAGACAUCUGACUGAAGAAGGUAUGUGCCCUAGAUGUAAAAUAGAGGAUGAAUCCAUUUGCCAUUUGCUGAGAGAUUGUUGUUUUUCCAAGCUUAUCUGGAAUAGAGUUUUAGCUCCGACGAAAAUUACAAGUUUCUUCUCCAUGAAUUUUGAGACAUGGCUUGAAGCUAACUUGAAAGGGUCUUUUAAUGGAAAUGGCCAUGAUGAUUGGGUGUGCUAUUUUGGGAUUACUCUCUCGCUUAUUUGGAAUUGGAGAAACAAGUAUGUUUUUGAUGGUAAGUUUACCUCUGUCAUGACUGUUCUUAGAGAUAUUGAUUAUAGGGUGAAUUAUAUUACUGCGGCAAUUGCUAAUAAACAGAAACAUGAUUCCACUCUGAGAAACUAUAGGAACAUUUUUGUUGGGUGGUCUCGUCCCCCUCCUGGAUGGAUCAAGAUUAAUACUGACGGAGCUUUUAGUCAAGCCACUCGAGUUGGGAAAGCAGGGGGUUUAGCCCGGGAUGAGACAGGGAGAUGGCUGGGGAGUUUUGCUAUGUGCAUUGGUAGAGAUUCGGUUAUUGGGGCUGAGUUUAGAGGGGUUUACCAUGGUCUUUUACUGGGCUGGAAAUUAGGGGCUACAAGAGUGGUGAUCGAAGUUGACAACAGCUUGGUUGUGGAAAAGAUCAAUGCAGGUUCAGUUGAAGCAGCUGGUUACUCAAAUUUGCUCGCAUCAAUUCAGGGGCUUCUGAAGAGGAAUUGGGAGGUGAAGAUCAAUCAUGUCUAUAGAGAAGCUAAUGCUGCUGCUGAUCAUUUGGCGUCGAUGCUGAAGGACAACGUUGUAGGAAUUGAUUGGCAUACAGUGCCGCUGUUUAGCCUGAUUCCAUGGUUAAAUCAUGACGUACAGGGCUCUCAGAUGUCAUCCUUGAAUGAAAAUUUAUUUGAUUCGCAGGAAAGUUUAUUCGAUAAUUUUAUGAGUUUUUCCCACAGACGACGCCAAUUGAUGGAUCCAGAAUUUGGAGGACUUAACCUGCAAAACAGCAUAGAUAGUUGUUUGGACGUUGAUUGUCCGAUUAGCUCUCUUACGCUUAAGUCAGUACUGAGUUUAAAGAAAAAUAAUUAA